AUGAUUGGACGCACUGCACUACAAGAUCCCUCAGUUUCUCGACCCCAUAAAUGCGUCACUUUAGCACCGUCGAGACAAGAAAGGGGGAAAGGAGCCGUGGCAACGAUUCCGACUGCUGUCGACGGUCACCCUUGGCGCCAAGAAAAGUGCUACAUCUGCUUUGCUAUCAGGAAACAGCUCAGGCUGAAGACUGCCAGACAACUUGCUUCAGCAGCUGUUGAGAAAAGCAUAAAGGAGGAGCAAGAACAAGACUGCAUCAAGCAGGACACAAGAGAAAACAAUUUGACACAAGACGAUAAUGAAUCAACGACGGCAAAAUCCAAGAAUAUCGGUUUGUGCAGGGUGCGCCGUCCACAAGAAGCAAAACAGCCUCUGCAGAAUUCCAGUCGGAAGCUGUAGCUAAGAUGCUUACAUUGGACGAAGAAAUGAUUUGGC